GUGAACUUUUCUUUAGCACAUCGUAACAAAAAGCGUGGGAUGAUGGAAGCUGAAGAAAUUCCCCCCAGUGUACAACAAGAGACGAAUGCUGAACAGUUCUUUUCAACGGAUGAGAAUGAAAAUAAAGUUGCCUUCUUCUGUGCUCCUUGCAACAAGAGUUUCAAGUCGUCGUUCAACCUCCGGAAGCACAACUUGACUCACACCGGCCUCAAGCCUCACAUCUGUGACAUUUGCGAGAAGGCUUUCACUCACCAAAGUGACCUCAAGUCGCACCGAAUGGGACAUACCGGGGAACAUCCCUAUUCUUGUCCUCUCUGCGGGAAAGGAUGUCCCACUCCCAGCAAACUUGAAAGACACCAACUCACUCACACCGGCAAGCGUCCUCACGUCUGUGACUUGUGCCAGAAAGGUUUUCGCACUGCCAGCGAUCUUCAGAGGCACAAGACAACUCACAAAGUUGAACCGGCUCAUGCCUGCCCCUUGUGCAGGAAAGGUUUCGAGACUUCCGUCGACUUGGACAUACACCUGCUCGUCCACAGUGCGGAGAGUUCAUACGAGUGCGAGUUCUGCAAGAAGGAGUUUGAUUCUGUUAGUGCAUUGCAGAGUCACAGCCUUAUCCAUUCCCUGGAGAGAUCCCAUUUCUGCGAGGAGUGUGGGAAAUCGUUCAAGUCCCUUUUCAAUUUGAAGAAGCACAUGAUGUUGCAUUCUGGCGCUCGGCCACACGUGUGUGAGGAGUGUGGCAGAGGGUUUAUAUCUUCCAGUGACUUGAACACGCACAGGCUGAAGCACACUGGCAAUUACCGUUAUACUUGUAACGUGUGCCAAAAAGGAUUUGCCACGCCCAGCAAACUCCAAAGGCAUAUUCUUACCCACACCGGAGAACGUCCUUACCACUGUACCAUGUGCGACAAAAGUUUCCGUUCCCUGAGUGACUUGCAGCGCCAUGGCAUAACUCACGAAGGAAAGGAUUUUACUUGCCAGUAUUGUAGCAAAGGAUUUGAUUCUGAAGAAAAGUUAAAAGCCCAUUGUGCUUUGCAUUUGGAUGAUAAGAACUUUGUCUGUGAUGUUUGCAACAAGACAUUUACUACUAUAAACCACCUUAAGAGCCACCAGGUGACACAUUCCAGUGACCGGCCAUACAUUUGUGAAGUGUGUGGCAACGGCUUCAAAACUUUUCAGAACUUGAAGAAACAUUGCUUCUCGCACACAGGGUACAAACCAUAUGCGUGUGAUUUUUGUGAGAAAAGGUUUACCAGUUCAAGUGACCUCAAAAUACACAGACUGCUUCACACAGGGAAUCAUCCACAUCCUUGUCCCAUGUGUGGGAAGGGAUUUCCCACUCCGAGCAAACUCACUCGGCAUCUUCUCACUCAUACCAGUUACAGACCUGCCUCGUGUGAUCACUGUAACAAGAGAUUCCGCAAUCAGAGUGAUUUGCGCCGACACAUAGAUAUUCAUAAAAGAGCUAAAAAGUCUCACACUUGCCUAAGUUGUGGGCAGAAGUUCAAAAGCAAAACAGAGUUUGUCAGUCACUCUGAACGUUGCUCAGACAAGCCAUUCAUGUGCCUCGUGUGCAACAAGAGAUUCAGUUCAGAAGUGAGGCUGAAAAAUCACUCAAAGAUGCAUGUGAGCAGGCGGACACACUGCUGCGAUGUCUGCGGAAAGGGUUUCGUGAACAUCAGUCGGUUGAACUCUCAUCGGUCGUCUUGCACUCUCAAGGUUCAUGAUACGGUUAACUGUGAAGAAGGUGGUGGAGAUGACAUUGGAGAAAACAUGCCACCUGAAAAUGGUGCCCUAGAUCCGGAGGCCGUUUCUAGUGAUUCAGAAAAUUUAGACGAUUUCCCACUCGAGAUGAAUGUUGAAGUCCAACUGUAUGAAGGGGAAUCUUUGUUCUCUCCUAAUGAAACGUCGAAGGGAAUACUGCAAGUGAAUGGUCUGGAGAAUGAACCUGAUGAAAAGCCUUUGAAUGUUUCACAUUUUACUAAUGGCUGUGAACAGGACAAAAGUAAGAUAUUCAAUAAUAAUGAUACUUCUGAUGGAGAUUCACUUGAGACAAAGCAUCCAGAAAAUAGUUUUAAAAAUAGAAUUAAAUAUUUUCAUAACUCGAGCAAUACUGAUGAGUUACCUCUUGAAAUGAGCGUGGAAUACAAGUAG